AUGUACGAGCAAGCAGAGCCUGUCAGGACUCCGCAAGCGGGGUCCGGCGGGGAGCGGAAUCCGUACAGUAAAGAUGUACGAGCAAGCAGAGCCUGUCAGGACGCAGCAAGCGGGGUCCGGCAGGGAACGGAAUGUCAGGCCGCGGGCACCCUACCAAGAUCCCCCGACCGCCGAGGUAACACUAGCGGGCAUGUCGGCCGUGGCAAACAGGCAUGUCAUAAGUAUCAAGAAGAGGAGGACACGUCUUCGAACGUGUACGAAAAAGCUGAGACGGUGAAACUGGAGAAUAUCCCGAGAGACGCGCCUUAUGGAACGGACACGUCUACAGACGCGGACCCCAGUCCACCGGACGGUGCACGUGUAAAAGGCCGCCGUGUCUGCUGCAUCGCCGCCGCCCUGGCUGUUGUUGCAACUCUGGCCACUGUGGGAAUUAUUCUACUGAUCUUCAUCAACGAAACCAACAACUACAAGAAACAAGAGGACAUAUCCAACAUUCCAACUACAGUGGAUGCCUUAAAGCCAGGAUACGGACAAAACCAGACUGGAGCUAUUGGAGCUGUCCAGUGUCCCCUAAUGUCGCCUCCCCUCAACGGCUUCAUGACUGGACCCAACUCCUACGGAGACGUGGUGAACUUCACGUGUGAGCCUGGAUACAACCUUGUUGGCACAUCUUCACUGACUUGUCUGCCUGAUGGAACUUGGAAUGGAAACCUACCAACAUGCACAGAUCGGAAUGUUGUAAAUACAGCUGCCCAGUGUCCCUUACUGUCGCCUCCUCUCAACGGCUUCAUGACUGGAUCCAACUCUUACGGAGACGUGGUCAACUUCACAUGUGACCCAGGAUACAACCUUGUUGGCACAUCUUCACUGUCUUGUCUGUCUGAUGGAACUUGGAAUGGAAACCUACCAUCAUGCACAGCUGUCCAGUGCCCCUUACCGUCGCCUCCUCUGAACGGCUUCAUGACUGGCUCCAACUCCUAUGGAGACGUGGUCAACUUCAAAUGUAACCCAGGAUACAACCUUGUUGGCACAUCUUCACUGUCUUGUCUGUCUGAUGGAACUUGGAAUGGAAACCUACCAUCAUGCGCAGAUCACGUGCACCCCACAUGGUUAGGCAUCAUGCCAUGUCCUUCAUUCCAAGAUCUUUAA